GCGCUCUGUGGCGGGAGGGAUCCGCUGCCUGCGUGACUUCACUGCUUCCACUCCGCGCGCCCGCCGCUGCCGUUUCUCUCGCCGUUUGAAGUUAUAACGACCCGCUUCGAGAAAGCAGAAAGCUGUUUUUUUAAAUUUUUCUUUUGUUCCGGUUUGUUGAACCGGACGACGACGACCUCGUUGAGACGAAACGACCGAGUGGCGACAGUAUAAAAAAAGGCAGGCGGUUUGUGCAGAAGCAGGCACCAUGUCUGCCCCCACACAGCCAGAAGUAAAGGAACUGAACCCUGUCGACUUUAUCCAGCUACAGCAGUACAUUGAAUACUGCCGCUUGACAGUCAAGGACGUGCUGAGGGAAUUUGAUGCAGAUGGUCGUCUGGCCCGGCACAGACAUGGAGAGUGCAUCAAUGAAGAAGGCUUCCGUCUGUUCCUCAAGACUUAUUUAGAAGUGGAGGACUUUCCUGUGGAUCUUUGCCAGCGACUCUUCUGCUCCUUCCAAAACUCUGAACCCACCCAGGGAGAUUAUGCCAAAGAGGUCUUUCUGAAGGAUGUUUCGUGUUACUUCUCUCUGCUGGAGGAUGGACAGCCCAGGGACAAGCUGGAGUUUGCCUUCAAGCUCUAUGACAGAGAUGGGAACGGAGUCCUCGACAGCUCUGAAGUGGAUCGGAUUAUUGCUCAGAUGAUGCAUGCUGCAGAAUACCUGGGAUGGGAUGUGUCAGAGCUGAGGCCAGUUCUGAAGGACAUGAUGACAGCAAUUGAUGCCGACAGCAGCGGUACAGUGUCUCUGGAGGAGUGGGUGGAGGGAGGCAUGAACAACGUUCCCUUGCUGGUGUUGUUGGGUCUUAAGGUGACUCAAAAGGACGGGCAGCACCUUUGGAAGAUGAAACAUUUCAAUAAGCCCGUUUACUGCAAUGUGUGCCAGAGCAUGCUGCUGGGUCUGAGGAAACAAGGACUCUGCUGCACCUGCUGCAAAUACACAGUCCACGGACGCUGUGCUAACAGGAACCCGGCCCCCUGCACCAGGACGUAUGUGAAGUCAAAGAAAGAAACGGGGGUUCCAACACACGACUGGGUGAGUGGGAACUGUGACUCCAGGAAGUGUGAAAAAUGCCAGAAGAAGAUCAAGAGCCUUCAAGGCUUAACGGGCAAACACUGUGUGUGGUGCCACACGAUGCGUCAUGAUGAAUGUGCUGACCAGGAACCAACGCAAUGCACCUGUGGGCCCCUCAGAGACCAUAUCCUGCCUCCGUGGGCAAUAUAUCCUGUUAUAAAGGAAAGACCAAACAAUGUGAAAAAUGGCGGCUCGGGGGCAGCAGAUGACAGUGUGCUCAAUACGACUCCUGAUGGACAAGUGCUUCAGAUCAGCCCUGUGCCAAACACCCAUCCUCUUCUAGUGUUUGUUAACCUUAAAAGUGGUGGGAAGCAGGGAGAAAGAGUCCUGCACAAAUUUCAGUAUUUACUGAAUCCACGGCAGGUACACAACCUUUGCAAUGGCGGACCUGCACCAGGACUCAGUUUCUUCCGAAAUCUGCAGAACUACAGGAUCUUGGUGUGCGGGGGAGACGGCACAGUCGGCUGGAUUCUGGACGCGAUCGACAAAGCCAAUUUGCUGGUGCGACCACCUGUCGCUGUGCUUCCUCUGGGCACAGGAAAUGACCUUGCGCGAUGCCUGCGAUGGGGCGGAGGAUACGAUGGUGAAGAUCUGAGUCGUAUUCUUAAAGAUAUCGAGGGGAGCUCUCAGGUGCUGAUGGACCGCUGGACAGUGCAGGUCAUCCCGGAUGAGAACCAGGAGAAGGGCGACCCAGUGCCGUAUGAAAUCAUCAACAAUUACUUCUCCAUUGGAGUGGACGCCUCUAUCGCCCACCGGUUUCACACAAUGAGGGAGAAACAUCCCCAGAAAUUUAACAGCAGAAUGAAGAACAAGCUGUGGUAUUUCGAAUUUGCGACUUCAGAAACCAUCUCCGCAUCCUGCAAGAAACUUAGCGAAAGUCUAACGAUCGAGUGCUGCGGUACUCCACUGGACCUCAGCAGCCUGUCUCUAGAAGGGGUUGCUGUGCUAAACAUUCCCAGCAUGCACGGCGGCUCCAACCUAUGGGGUGAGACCAAAAAAUGUGAAGCGAAGGGAAUGACGAGUCAGGAAGAGCCGGAUGUGAUCGUCGACCCAGAAAUCCUGAAAGUUACCUCCCAAGAUCUCAGUGACCGUCGAUUAGAAGUCGUCGGCCUCGAAGGAGCCAUGGAGAUGGGACAGAUAUACACGGGGCUCAAGAGUGCGGUGAGGCUCGCCAAGACCUCGCAGAUUACAAUCAGGGUGAAGAAAGCCUUACCGAUGCAGAUAGAUGGAGAGCCGUGGAUGCAGCCUCCCUGCACGAUUCACAUCACACACAAGAAUCAAGCCAGUAUGUUGAUGGCUCCUCAGGCAAAAUCAGCUGGUUUUUUCAACUACAAGUAAACCGCUCAGAAGCAGCCGCGCGCACACGUUUUUCUGUAAAUAGAGGAAUGACACUUUACAAAAGAAAAAAAAUACAAUAGUUUGAAUGUUUAUAUUGUAGAAUAAUUGCACCGUAACUGUCAAAGUUAAGAUAACUGCAUCUCUGUAACAUAUAACCGAAGCAUGGCUUUGUGUGACUUCAAGUGGCGGAUAAGAAAUAGUUUGCGUUGUGACAAAAUGAUUUUGACCAAAUGUACUCUGUGUUUUUACCAAUACCAAACUCUCUCGCUGCUUCUGUGCUUCAGUGCUUCACAGUUAGAGGAAACGCUGCUCUCUCUACAAACUUAAAGUAACAAUUAGUGUGAAUUUCACGCUAAUGGAACAAUAUUCAGCUUCAUGUGCCUUUUUAUAAUCUGUUCUCUACGAUGGCUUUAGUAGAAUACUUUAGAGAGCCCGAUGUGCGUAAUCGAUGUUGUGUUGUUAUUUUUGUUGGGGCUGUAAAGAUGCUCCAAAAGACAGAUAAGUAUUUGUGUCGGAUCGAAAUCUAAAGUGAAGGUUCGGGGAGAUUACAUUUCAGAAUGUGACUGCAGUUAUUUAAUUUGUUAGAAGAUUCUUGAAAGUUAUUUUGGGAACUGUAAUGUGAGAAUGAUUACUAAAAGAGGGACGCAUGUUGCUCCAUUGAAUUAAUUCACUUAACUGUGUGUUCGGAAGCAAGCAAAGAUAUGUUCACUUCCAACUAAAUUAUUUAAAUGCUUAAUCCUACUCGUAUAAUUUCAAUAUAUCUGGAAGAUGUAUAUGUGACUUGCCUGAAACAACACGCUGUGUGGAGAUUUUAAUAAAUCGUCUGGACCAGUGGUC